CUCUCUCUCUCUCUCUCGCUAACACACACACCACUCCACCCCCAACUCAUCUCUCUCUCUCUCUUUCCCUCCUCUCUGUCGGUCGGGCGUGCUGCAGCUCCACUCUUGCGCACCUCGUGCGGGACUGCAGUGCGAACGCUGUGUCAAUCAGCUCCAGCCCUGCUACCACCUCGUCUUCUCCCUGCCAGUUCCCGCCUCACCCAAGCAUCCGACAAAAUGAACAAAACUGCAACGGGAAACGUGACCCACGCCUGGGCCCACCUCCGACAUGCACCAGCGUACAAGGAGAAGAUGAAGGAGCUCUCCAUGCUGUCCCUCCUUUGCUCGUGCUUCUACUCGGAGCCACACAAGAACUCCAUCUACCAAUACGCAGACAUGGAGGUGAAGGAGCUGAACAAGCGAGCCUCCGGCCAGGCCUUCGAGGUGAUCCUCAAGCCGCCGUCGUCCGACCUCUCCCCGGACCGCUCCCCGACUGGCUCCAAGCGCCGCGACCUCUCCCUGGGGGAGAUCCAGAAGAAGCUGGAGGCAGCCGAGGAGAGGCGAAAGUCCCAGGAGGCGCUGGUGCUGCGGCAGCUGGCCGAGAAGCGCGAGCACGAGCGGGAGGUCAUGCAGAAGGUGCUCGAGGAGAACAACAACUUCAGCCGCCUGGCCGAGGAGAAGCUGCUGCAGAAGAUGGAGAUGAACAAGGAGAACCGCGAGGCCCUGCUGGCCGCGCUCAUGGAGCGUCUGCGCGAGAAGGAGAGGCAUGCCAUGGAGGUUCGUAGGAACAAGGAGCUGAAGGAAGAGCUGUCCGGGUGAGAGGGGAAGUUGAGCCAGGGCAAGGGCCAAGUCCAGCUGCCCAGCCUCUGUCCUGCUGCAAGUCCUACAACCUUACCCUGCUGCCCAGCCCCCCGCCCCCCAAAGAGGGCAGGGGUUGCUGAGGUCACCCACUCCAUCUCCCCCCACUGCCCCUUCCCUGUGAGCGCUGCCCUGCUGCCCUUCCCAAGCCCGACUCACACCCCCCCCCAACAAGCUACGGCCUCCCCACUGGGUAGCACUUCACCCAGCGUAUAACGCCACUGCCCACCACCACUCCCCUCUGACUGCCCCGCAAACCAGAGCCAACGUUACGCAGUUAUCUUUUCUUUUGAAAGUGGAAGUGAAACAGCUAACCAAAAGUUAUUUUAGAAGCAUACAGAAAGUAAUUAUAAAAAGUAAAAAAAAAAUGGAUCUACAAUUAAAGUACGUAACAGCUUGUCAUCAAUAUUUUAAUGUUUUUUUGUAUAUAAACUCAGUUGACAUAUAGGUACGUGUCAUUUAAGCAACCCCGUAGCAUUUGGUUGCUGUGUGGUGAACGUGUGUUCAUUUUCUUAGUGCUCACUUCCAAUAUCGAACGUGCAUAGGCUGGCGCCACGGUGGGGGGAGUGGGGGCGGAGGGGUGGAUGCAGGGGGGCAUUGACUGCCCCCCACCCCCCGAUGUAGCAAACUAGGGAGGGAAUCAAACAGACUUCAUCUCAAUCUCCAAAAAAAUAUCCCUGUCGAUGGGGUAGAAGCCAAUUAACAGAAAUUAAUUCAUUAUCGAACGUGCGUUUAAUGCUAAAAUUAAAUCUAUCUUGGGUUAAUUUGUAACGCACUGUGAGAGGGGGCUGGGUUAAUAAAGGACAAGGAUUGUCAUCCAAGACAGGGAUGAAACCCCCCCACCCCACUCCACUCCCCACAUCUUCCUUUUCCCUUCGGCUACAGCGCCUCCACGCGGACAAUUCUGAUCGCCGUUUUAGUUCCCAACGUUGCGGCUGCGCUGCGGUAACAAUGAAAGGGCUCUGCUACGGGACCACCGAUCUUGCCGAUGAUGUUUGCCAAUCAUCAUGACUCGAUCGAUUUCGUCCAUCAAUCGACGCAUCGAUGAAUCCGCAAAUUGCGAUGAGCCCCCGGUAUUUUUGAUGUUUGUUUUGUUGUUACGGAUGGACCGAACGGAUUCGACACAAUUGAUCUCGGUCAACGAUCCACAAUGACCAAAUCUCUGAUCGGUGAUUUUGUCGGGCGUACGAUUUUAUCACUCUGUUACAGAGCCACCCUCUGGCUCCAACCUCCCCCCACCUGAUCCUUCAUUCCCCCCACCAAUUGCAGAGUCCCGUUAAAGCUUCUCGCCUACAGCAACGGUGGUGCCGCCCAUGCGAACAUAAUAAUCAUUAGCGUCGUCAUUGUAACAGCUAGAGAACACACGUGCGGCGACCGGCAGUGUCGUGCCACGGUUUGAACGGCGCUGGAGGCGUCUGUUGCUGUGUGUGUCACUGGCAAGUGAACUGGAUGGCAUACCUAGACCUGAACAUUAACUUCAGGUUCAGGAGGUCUGAGCCCCAGUGUAAUAUGUGUGUACGUGGGUGUGCGUAUGUAUGUAAGUGUGUAUGCAUACACACUAUUUAUUACCCAAACGUUGGCUUUUGAAAGCUUAGGCACACGAUUACAAACCACUUGUCAAGGAUUACCACAGCAAUAUUCGUGUUUUGUGUGGUAAUGAAGCAAUGGCAGGCGGGGAGAAGCUGACCACAUGAGUUGCAGGGGUCCUACGCACCAAUUCAGUGAAUGAUAAUGUUGUGAUCCGUCAGACCAAAAUCCGCUUGUGGUGUUUACCAAUCGCCAGUUAACGAUAUGAGCCCUCUGCUUUAUCAGCACAAUUAGAAGAUAGUUGUUUUUUGUCCUAACUAAGUUGAACAGUCUGCAGGGCUCAGAUUAAACGUACUUAAGGUGGCAGAUUUCAAGCUUACAAAUUUCAUGGACGCCUGCAACGCUCAGUGCUGGUCGGCUUCCCCACUUUGCCAAAUUUCUCUCCGACCCCACGCGGCCCUCCUCCCUCCCAGACCUUGACGUUCAAAAUAUCUCACGUCCAAGAAGAAUACGCGCAUUUCUUUUUUCUUUAUUGGCGGUUCAAUUUUCAACGCGAUUUAUUUUAUUGGAAGAAGAGCGGAGGAAUAUCCGAAACAGGUAUUUUCGUUCGUGCUUAUGAUACCACAUGGCACCGUGGAACAUGAGACGUUCCCCUGGCAAUCGGUUCCCGUCCCUCUUCAGUUUGAUACCCACACCCCCCCCCCCCUUCUUCGGGGAAGUUCCCUUAACCUGAUGUUGGUCAACAAAAGUGUGCACGUGGGCCGUGCCGAUCAGCCAGUGGAGUAAACUUGGCAGCCCCCGGGCCCGCAGAGCGCGAGUCACUCCGCACGGUGGCACCACGAGCGUGAUGUAGCGAUACUCCAACUCGCAUCGGGCCGGUCAAGCGUUCGCCGGCGUGAUGGGGAGUCACGCGAGCGUGGGUCCUUCGCGCCACCGCGUCUGCUUCCCGCACUGAUCCACGCUCUGGCAAUCGUGGCAUCUGGUGACACCUGGCUGCCAGGUUCACUCCGACCCCAAAUAUAAAACUCAUCAAUGUGCAAGUUGGGCGGGGGGGUGGGGGGGUGUUGUUUUCCAGAGAAGUCGUGUCGCCUGCUGAGAGCUCGUGGGAUCCCAUCGCAGUCACCAGACAGCUCGCCGGCUGGGCUUUGAAAGUUCAACUCCGGGCUGGUGUUAAUCUGACGGACGCGGCUGGGGUGUCUGCACGAGCACCGCGUGGCGCCACGUGACCCACCGCGUGCACCCGGACGGCAGUCCAAAGUAACGGUAGUGUUUGUGGCAUAAUAUGCGUCUAGUUCUUCGUGAUUACUGCUGUGUAGUUUUAACUCCUCGUCUCUUUACUAAGUGAUCGUGUAGCGGAGGAUGUGACGGUCCCGUGACCGGGUACCUUUUGGGUGGUCCAGUCGGUUGGUAACGCGUCGCUCUGCACCCCGCUGUCUCGCGAGGGUUUGUGUGGGGGGGGGGGGGGGUGCCGUGGGGUUUGGGUGCGCGCCCAAAGCGUUCGGGGAGGUCGCGCGGUGGACGGACGUCGCGGGCUUCGGCCGCCACGGCGGAGCCUCCGAUUGCUACCCAUGUCCAAGAUGAGCAUGUCUGAAAUAAACACAAGAUAAAUUGCG